GAAUUAUUAACCAGGCGGUUGUAACUUUUAAAUCUCUAUUGUUUAAAUAUUUUCCCACGGGUCGGACUUUUUAAAAAAAUUAAACCAGUGGUCGUCAUAGCUGCCAACCCAAUUUUCCGUCCACGGGGCCAUGACAGAAAAUUCCCGCGUUUGACACCGAGACGCUGUAAAUAAAAUUUCGCAUAAUCUAUGGGUUGAAAGUAUUUUUUUAAUUAGUAGAGUCGUUCGAACGGCCGCUUCAAAAUGAACAGAAUAUUGGAAUUAGUGCAGAGUGGCGAUUUCGAUCCCGUGGAGGAGUUUACCGGCAACAAGGACAAAUUUUCGGAGGUGAAGACCGCGUUUGAAAACAUCAGCAAUAACUUGCCGAAACAAGUAUGCAUAAAUUUUGUUUUAACGAAAAUCGCACCAACUGUGUUUGAUAAGAACGUUCCGAAUGGCGUGAGGGACGAGGCGGUUGAAGUCGGUUUACACGUCCUCCAGUUCGUCAACAUCGCGAUUUUGACCACCAAAGAACAAGAAGAGGUGUUUAGUUCCAUUGAGGAAGCAUACGUGAAAGUCGUCGGUGAGUUGCGCGACGGAAACUACUCCAACUGGGACAAACUAUGGAUAUUUUUAAUCAAACUGUGUAGUGAUAGACUCCACGCAAAAAUGGGGGUUGCGAAUAAACUUUUAAGGGUUGUAGAAGUGGCUUUCCGGAACUCCACUUCCAUAGAACAGAGAUUAAAAGCAUACGACUGUUGGGUUGAACUCAUUAACAAUAGUAGUUUAAACAUGCAGCAUAUGUGCAGUGCGAGACAAAUCAAACUGUUAGUGACCCCCAUGAAAGCGAAAUUUUCGAGAAUGCCUGUUGUUAUAAUGAAACGUUGUGAUACUUUUGUGUACUUGUUAGAAAAAUUAGGAGAUAAGGCGACUUUGUGUCUGCGGGAGUUCCUCGAGUUUUGUUUCGGCCCCUUUGAUGAAAAGAACGACGCGGAAAAAAUGAAACAAGGGAGAAGCGUUUCGGAAGUUUGCAAUAAAAGCACCCUAGUGUUACUCGAGAUUAUUGGACAUUCCCAUAGCGAUUCGGAAAAUUGUUUAAAGAACGACGACCUCACUUUAUAUAAACCGUUAAUUACGGACGAUAAUUUUCCUAGUUUUGCCGAAAUCUUGAUUAAUUCUAUUAUGGAAUGUUGUGUUUUGUUAAAUGAGUGGAGUCAGGAUGCGUCUACUAAUAGUAGUAUUAUUAAGUGCCUUUGGCGGUCUGUGCUUCAGUUCGUUCAAAAAAGCAAAGACGACGUGAAAAGGAGGUGCUACUUUCAGAUUAAUAAUAGUCUAAGGAAGUUAUCAGAGAGAUCACACUACAAUGAUUAUUUACACACGGUUUUGGGGAAUUUAAUUGAAUUGUUGAUCCAAGACGAAAUGGCUGAAAAAUUAAAAGAGACGGUGUUUGACGUGUCCAUAAAUUUACUACACCACUUUACUGAUCCUUGCUCAUUCAAUUUGGAUAAUAUUCAAAAUUUUGUCACCUCAUGCUUUGAUGUUGAAAAUGGUUCUAAAUUCGACAAAAUUGCGUCUAAUUCGUUCAAAAAUAACCUGAAAUGCGAGAACUCGAUUUUGUGUGAAGUCUGGUUAAAAUGUAAAAUUACGAUAGUGCCUGAUAAUAUUUCAAAUUAUGUUUGGCCAAUUCACAACCUUGGAAAUUUCGAAAAUCUUGAUGUGUUAAAGUCAAAGUGGACCAAGUUGUACACAACAGAGUGUAAAUCUGAAGGUGUUAAGUUGCUGCUAAUGCAGAAUUUGGAAAAAUUGUUUUUGGACAACCCCCUACUGAGUUCUAAUAUUGUCCAGUUUUUGGAACUCAUGUCGUCGGGGGAAACCAACCCUAGUAAAGAUUUCGUCGCCAAAUUCAUGAGGCUCAUGGAGCUGGUUCUCACUUUGCCCAACCUGUCAGACGACAACGUCAAAGCAAUAAGCACAAUUGUGUUAAAAUAUUGCAACCAAAGUCAAAAUUUUUACAAAUCUGAAAAUAUCGAUGAAACUCUAGACAAAUUGUGUGGUUGCUUGGAACAUCUCGUCACGAUCCAUAAGGAUUACACGAUUUUGACAAAACUAGCCGAACUUUUAUCCAGCGCGCAGCCAAAAGUUCUUUCUAAAUUCUCCAAAGGGUUGUUGGCGUUUUUGGAAGCUUUGAUGCUGAACGAGGAUAACUCCAUCGCCAACAACACGCGAAAACUGAUCGAACUAUUCGAGACCAAAACCAGCGAACAAGAAAUAGUUCCUUUGACGUCGUCCAGAUCUUUACGAAUAAUGAACAUGGCGAACAACACCCACAAAUCGCGAACGAACAACGUCAAAGUGUCUCCGGCCGCACCCUUGAAAACGAAGCAAGUGUCGAGCCCGCGCGGAAAAAGUCGAUUCAGUGAUUCAAAGAAGAAAAAUGCGUUGUCUAUAAAUGAAGACAACUCGGCUGACUACGUCAAAAUCGACACCAAAGUGAAGAUAAACGUCGAUAAUCUGAGCGAGCACCAGAAGGAGAUGUUCAAGAAGAGGAGGGAGGACAUUCCUGCGCUGUACCAAGAGCUGACGCAGAGCCAGAGUGAGGAUUUCUUCACACGAAUCGAAAAAAUCGACGACAAAGAAAGUAAUAAAAAAGCGACAGAAGAUGAAGCUAGAACAAAGUCCACGAAGAAGCGAAGGCGGAGCGACGAAGGAGACGAAGAGCACGCCGCUAAGACUCGCAAAGUGGAAGAAAAAGCUUUUGAGCCGGAUGAAAGCUUGACGCCAAUUUCCGACGAGAUGGACCCGGAUUUGCGAAAAAUUUUCGACGAUGUGGAAUUAGAGCCCGUUCAGAAAACCCCACCCGAGGAGUUGUUCCAGGAUCCGAUUCCAGAGCAGAAGAAAGUGGACACGAGUCCGAACAAAAUUCCCGCUGAAGAAUCUCCGAAAGACGAAUUAGUGGAGAAUCACGUAGACGAGAACAAACCAAACAAAACUAGCGAUAUAGUAAGCAACAGCGACGACAAAACCGACGUUGGAACUGUGCGAGUUUCACCAAGGUCUGCAAAAACGAAGAAACCGUCACCAGAAAAAACCCUACGCAAAAGUCAACGCAACACGGCGAAAAAAAUCCGCGAAGAACUCGUAAACGCGGUGAAGAAGCAACUGGAACAAUUGAGCGAGUCGGAGACAAACGAUGAAAACGACACCACAGAGACUGAAAAAAAGAAUGAUUUGAAUGGACGUGAAAACGGAGACGUCGAAACAACGUUGCGUAAAAGCACAAGACAGAUUAAAAAGCGACACAGCGACUAUUUGGAGACGCUAAAAAAAAAGAAGAGCGAGGACGCAAAUCACGUGAAGGAAGACCAAUCGAGUGACGAUUUAGCAACGAAAUCUCAGCCGAAACGAGACGUAAAUAAGAAGAAACAAAAACGGCAAAGUCUCCCGGCGCAGUUGAAAAAAAAAAGCGACGAAGACGAAAGUAUCGAGGAUUUGCUGGCUAGAGUGGACAAGAGAAUCGAAGAAAGCAAGAAAAUUGAAAACCCGCCACAAAAACGCGAAACGAAGGUACCAGAUGGAAAUGAUAACGAAAUCGACGAAUUGGCUGCAGUUAAGACGGAUGAAACAACGAACAAAGAUCAAGAUUUGAAAAAGAAAAAUGCUGUUAAAAAAGAGAAGAAGCGUCAGAGUCUCCCGGUUACUAUAACCCCAGUGACUACUGACGAUAAAGUCGCUUCUUCCGUGUCUCUGGACGUAACUGCAGACACCGCUAGAGACACUGAAACCCCUCCAGCAGCCGUCGACGUUUACGAAUUUAAAGCUGACGAAGAGUCAGUCGUGUCUGACGAAGCUAAAAAGAAGAAAAAGCAACGAAGGAAGGGGAUGGCGUUCAACCGCCGCGACUACAUUUCGAAACGACGAAAGAAGCCAAAGAAGGAAACGCGAGAUGAAGGUUUUCCGUUCCACAUCACGGCGGAUUCGCCUGUGCCGCUAAGUCAGAGUUCGUCUCUACGAGCCGUCGCUUCGUCCCAAACCAGCGAAACCAUCACCAUUCUGAUCACGCGCAGUCCACCCGACUCCAGAGAAAACCAGGAGAAUCACAGCGACAGCAGUGUGACUAGCAACGGGUCACCCACGUCACCCAAGAAGAAGAAUAAGCGCAAACAGUCGCCGAAUUCCGAAGACUUUAUAGAGAGUUCUCAAGCUCCAGUUGCGGACAAGAGUUGUCUGAAAAAUAAAUUCAAAGGGUUUAGACAAACAACGAUCGAGGAGUCGAUGCAAGUCUUGCAACCCGAGAAAGACGCAGAAACGGAAACGAUGGACUUGGAUUCCGUUCCUGGAAACGAAAAUAAAGUAAAGCCGUUGAGAAUUUCCAAAACAAGACGAUUUUCUUUGACUGAGCCGUCGUCGCAAAAAGUUGACGUUGGUAAACGCUUGAAACGUAGCAGGUCGUUGGAGAAGCUGGAUUUUGCGUCGGAAUUGAUAACUUUUUCUUUGGAGAAGGUUACUAAAGAAGAAGUUCAUGUUAACGAUACGUCGCUGGAUACUCUUACGUGCGAUUCGAUUCCAAGCAAAGAGGAAACUCCUGCUCUGGAUUCAGAGAACUUGGGUGAAGUGGAUACUCUUACUCUUAGUCCGGUGCGAAGUCCGACUAAACAGGAUCUUCCGGGGUCACCAGUGACUUGCGAUACCCCGGAACGCACCACCGAGUUACUAAACAACACAUCAGACAUAUCCCCCAUUAGUUCGACGUCGGAAGUCACUACACCCAAACAAGCCACUAACGAAGUUUCAAAUAGAAGAGUAGCAAGGUUGUUACAAAUGGUCAAUUCUAACGUGCAAGUCAGUACCGAGGGGAGAAGGUGGUUCGGGAAUAAAGUUUCUUCACCGAGUAGCGGCAGAAUCCGGAAAAUACGUAUGAAGAAAGAAGAAAAUUUGGAUAUUUUAACGUUCUCGAGGGAGGUCCCCAGUCCAUUAACAGUUCCGGCCAGCGGUAUUUUAAAAAGAAAAUUCAACAAUGUAGAUGAAGUAGCCACUCCGUCUCCCAAGAGAAAACGCGUCAACUUCUCCGACCCGGCCAUCACCGACAAGAAACUCUUCAUCAAAGACGCCGAAGAGUACGAAAUCGACCAAAAAACCUACAGUACAAACGAAUCUCAAGUAGACGAAGCGGACGACUUAGCGGACACUAAGAAAACGAAGGAAUUCCUGGACGGUUUUGAGCGCGACAGCGCUCUCCUCACUUUCCGAGAUUUUUGUGAUUCCAAUUUCAAAAAUACAUCUCUAGACGAUACCAAAACCGCUCUUAAGCACCUCUUACACAAUUUGCAAGUCCCUGAAGUCGUGGAAAUCAUCACCGACUAUUUAGGUGAUGAGAUUAAAAACACGCUAACGAAUGAAUCGUGCGAACAAAUCGUCGACCGAUUUGUCGUCCCUCUUGUCGAAAAUGUGAUCAAUUUCGAAGACUUUUUACCAAAGUUGCUUAAGGUGGUGGAGAAGCUACCGAACGAUCGACUGCAGCGGUUCAUUGACGACGUUACCGCGGUGUUUGGAGAUAGGAUAAACCAUAGUAUUAGUGCGAAACUGACGCAGGAGCAAGUGGAAGAGCACGUUUUGAGUCUCAGCUGCGACAAGGUUCACGAUUUGAUGAAGACGUAUUGUUCGAAUUUGGAGCAGCAGCAGCGCAAUGAGUUUCUAGUAGGGUUGAUGAGUUUGGCCAGUGAUGAGCUUCCUUUCAACAAGGAAUUCCUCAAUUCGCACGUUACUAUUUUGCAAAAUUUUGUUAAGAAAAUGACAGACUAGUACAGGAUUUUUGUUAGUUUUGUCUUGGGGUUGCGUUAAAAGGACUGAGUCAUGUUUGUAUAUUUGUAUUACUUAAGUUUACAGUAACAUUGUAUAUCUUUUUUUUCGUAGAUGUAUAAAUUAAUAAAACUUACAGUAUGGUUCAA